AUGAGUGAUCAGGAGGGCGAGAUCAUGGAGAUCGACGACCUCCUCUCCGAGAUCCUGCUCCGCCUCCCGCCGGAGCCGUGCUCCCUCCCGCGCGCCUCCCUCGUCUCCACGCGCUGGCGCCGCCUCUCCCGUGACCCCGCCCUCCUCCGUCGCUUCCGCGCCCGCCACCGCCGCCACGCGCCCCUCCUCGGCGCCUUCUUCACCGACUACUCCGCCAGCACCAACCGCCACAGCCACAUCUCCUUCGCCCCUACGCUCGAUCCCCCCAACCGGGUCCGCUUCUCCUUCCCGGUCUUCGAGUACCCUUGCAUGGUCCUCGGCUGCCGCCACGGCCUCCUCCUUGCCUCCUUCUAUUACCAGCCCGGGCUCCUGGUCUGGGACCCCGUCACAGGCGACCAGCACCGCCUCGAUCAUCCUCAUCCUCCUGGAGGGUUCAAGUUCAAGACGAUGAACGGGGCGGUGCUUCGUAGUACCCAAGAAGACAUCCAUUUCAAGGUGGUCAUGGUAGGCCACGACGAGCAGCAUACACAAGUCAUCGCCAGCGUCUACUCGUCGCAGACCCGUGAAUGGGGCAGUGUCAUCUCCGCACCCAUUCCACCCACUGUUUCUGUAGUCACGGCGGUUCCAAGUGUCCUCAUCGGGGAUUCCCUUUACUGGUCGUCUUCUAGGAAUCCGGCUCAUCCGACCACCGUUCUUGAGUUCAAUCUGGGCACUAAGAGCCUAGCUGUGAUAGACGUGCCGGUGAAUAUGUACGCCCACGGCAAUCGAAGCUUCUCGGUUAUGCGGGCAGAGGAUGGCGGGCUUGGUUUCCUCUUUCUGUCGGGCCACAAUGCACAACUAUGGAAGAGGAACACGGACGGCGAUGGCGUUGCUUCAUGGGCGAUCACAAAAACUAUUCAAUUGGACAAGCUACUUUCCCUGAAUACGAAUACAGAGGAGGAGGAGGAGGACGAGGAGGAAAGGAGCCUGUCGAUUGAAGGGCUUGCUGAAAACACUAAUGUGUUGUUCUUGAGAACAUCUAUCGGCGAGCUCGUUGAAGAUGUUGCUGGAGCAAAUCCUGAAUCGUGGCACGUUCAUUCAGCCAGGUCUGGAGAGCGGGAACUGAGCAAGACGAGGUGGCAGUGA